GUGCGUGCGCGUGUGAGUCCGUGAAGGGGUUCAGCAUGGGGACGAGUUCAGCCGCGAGUCGCGGGACCGAAGUGAGGAGCUGUUAGCCUCCGGACCAGCUCCGGAUGGGAGGGCAUGACCGCGGCCGGCGCCAGCAUGUCGGUGCAAAGUUUGUGUAAAGUGGAGAAACACGGCGGCUGUCGGAUGGACCGGAGUACAGAGGGCAGUUUUCUGCGUCGGGGUUCUUCAGAGAACAACCUGGAUCUGGACCUGACAGAUGCAAGUCCCCGUUCUGCUCUCGGCGUGGAGGUUCAGCGGAGUCGUUCCUGCAUGGACAACCUCCAGCAGAAGAUACUGAAAGUGACCGAACAGCUGAAGAUUGAGCAGACGGCUCGAGACGAGAAUGUCGCCGAGUAUCUGAAGCUGGUGAACAGCGCAGACAAGCAGCAGGUGGGGCGCAUCAAGCAGGUGUUUGAGAAGAAGAACCAGAAGUCCGCUCAGAACAUUGCACAGAUGCAGAAGAAGCUGGAGCAGUACCAUCGAAAGAUGAAAGACAAUGAAGUCCUCCACAGUCCUCCUCCUCGCUCUUCCUCAGUAAAACGCAGCACCAUACCCAGGGAGUCUCCCAGACAGCUGCUGAAGGACAUGACCGGCAGCGGUCGACACCCGACCAUGGACAAAAUCAAAACCAUCGGACCGGGAGUUUCUCUCUCCCCCCCUUUCUUCUUCAGUAAGCCCAGAGAGUUUGCCAACCUCAUCAGGAACAAAUUUGGUAGUGCUGAUAACAUCGCUCACCUCAAAACCAACAUGGACUCCUCCUCUGUGCUGCCGUCCGAUAACGCAGGAAAAGGGCUGAGCAGCAGCACCUCUUUGGUGGGCAAGCCCAAGUAUCCCAGCGACGACGAGUGCUCGUCGGGCAGCGCCUCCAUUUCAGCCGACAGCAACGGGAACCCCACUGUGGGAGGAGCUGCUGCAGGACAGGGACAGCAGGUCGGGGGAGACAGCCAGAACAGACUGGACCUCUACUAUGAGGAGGUGCGGGAGAUCAAAGACACCCAAGGCCAACUGGAGGAGGACAUCGAGGAGAUGAAGGCUCAGUUCAAGAGAGAGUACGACAUUAUUAAUCAAACACUACAGGAGGAGAGAUACAGGUACGAGCAUUUGGAGGACCAGCUGAACGACCUGACAGAACUUCAUCAACAUGAAAUGUCCGACCUGAAGCAGGAGCUGGCCAGCAUCGAGGAGAGGGUGGCCUAUCAGGCUCAAGAAAGGGCCAGAGACAUACAGGAAGCCCUCGAGUCGUGUCAGACUCGCGUGUCCAAGCUGGAGAUCCAUCAGCAGCACCAGCAGCAGACGGUCCAGCUGGAAAGUCCCAACGCCCGCGUCCUACUGGGGAAGACCAUCAACAUCAUGCUGGCCAUCAUUACUGUCAUCCUGGUUUGUGUCUCCACUGCUGCCAAGUUCGCCGCCCCGCUGAUGAGGAGCCGGUAUCACGUGGUAGCAACCAUCCUGGGGGUGUGCUUUUUGACUGUCUUCUGGAAGAACUGGGACCGUUUACAGUUUGCUAUAGACAGGUUGUUGGUACCAGCUUAGGUCACUUUAGACUAUUAACAUUAAUCCUGCU